GUGCGUGCUCCAGGUGUGUAUCACCUGUCCUCAGCAGUUUUUCCGCUACAGACGCGAGCAGCAGCAUCUCUCCUACUGAAGGUGAUGAUGGUGCCGCUGAGGUGCAUCGGCAGCUGUCUGUCGUUAUUUAUCAUGGCUUUGAUUUUCGACGUCAUUGGCGUGAUUCUGUUGUUCGUCGGCAUUUUCGGCGACGUGCGGCACAAUGGCGUGUUUUACGGGGAUUUCCUGAUCUACACCGGCGCGUUGGUGCUGUUCGCCAGCCUGGCCCUGUGGAUCAUGUGGUACGUGGGAAACAUCAGAGUGAAGGAUGAAGAUCUGGGACGCAGGUCGAGCGCCGCACAGAGUGUUAAAGCGCUCGCGAGGAAAUUCACAGAGAGGCUGUCCAAAACACACCUGAAGGAGAACGGCGGUGAGAAAACGCUAAGCAAAUCUUCCACCAUUCGAAACGUAACAUGGGGCAAAUCCACCUACUUCCCAGGAUUCCAGGACGGCGAAUCGGACAUGAUCAAAUGUAACGAGCUACACAAAGAAAAGCCGUUCGACGAUCAGUUCAUGUGCUACCAGAAUCGAGCGUACGUGGACGAGGAGUCGGCCAUGAAAAGCGCCAGCAAACCAAUUAAAGAGGAGAGUGAUGAUCGGAAACAGCCUGUGGGGGAUUCUCAGUCACAAGAAAUUCAAUUAAAUAAAACGUCUGAAGAUAAAAAGCCAGACGAACAGUUCAUCUGUUUCCAGAAUGAAGCGUACGAGGAUUCCAACGAGAGUAAAGAUGCGGUAAAUCCUCAGGGUACUAAAGUCGAUGAUCACAGCAUCGACACACUGCUGUAAAAACAGCUCCUGAAACAGCGACUGAAUAUCCGAAUAACCUUCAAUAGUCUCCAGCUGUUUGCCAAAUAUUUGCAGUACAUUUAUUGACUGCGUACAUUUCAGUCAGGUUUUUUUUUUUUUUUACUAUAGUAAACCACUUUAAUAGAGCAAAACAUGAAUAUAUGUUGUGUUUAUAUUUGGUAAGUGAUAUCCAGAAAGCUGUUCUGCUUAUUUUUAAUAACCUUAAAUGAAGUGAAUGCUUACUUUGCACAAUUUUUACUCCAAAUUCAUAUGAAGAAUUUUAUGUUAAAGAUGUCGGCGAAUUACUUCCAAGAGGGGACGAUCAUUUCAACGGAUGUGGUAUGUCUGUCGUUAAGCUUUUAAAUUAUUGUUGAUGCUCGUCUGUUAUUAUGAAGUGACACUCAGGUACAGUCAUUGUAAUUUUGCACGUCCUCAUUUGAAAACUCACGCAUCGAAGGAAUCAAUUUCCCUUUCAAAGUGUUGAUGCAAACUCCUCCUCAGAGUCAAGCCAUUUCAUUUGUGAGUGACCAAACCAGUCCGACAGCAAACACGGAUUCCCUUUACACGAGGGAAAAUGUAACACUUAAGUUCACAAAACAGCGCAUCGUUUGGUGAAGGAGAAUCAAAUGUGGAUCUUUUGUUUGUUUGCUUAUGAAAUAUGAAGCGUUAUGUUGCCAGAUCAUGCCAUUUCAAGAUGUUUUUCAUAAUUGUAUCUUUAGUGAACUACUUUUUCCAUGGGUUUUUAUUUUAUUUAUGGAUAUGAAUUGCGCUUAUGAGAUUUUGGUCGACUUUUGAUGUUUAAAAUUCAACUUUGCAGUUUAACGAAGUGACUUGUGUUGACAUUUUAGUAGUUUCAAAUGAUAUAUAAUGUGUAAGUACAUAGAGAAAUACGUCUGUAAAAUAACAGAAAAUGUACUGGCAAGUUAAUACCAGGUUUUUGUAGCGUAAACCAAGACCAAACCAUACAAUAUAUCGCUUUAAACUAUUACAAAUGUCAAUAAAAGUCACUUUUUUUUAAACUUUUCAACAGUAAAAGAUGGACAGAUCAAGACCCCAUAAUGCAAAUCGACUACAACAACAAUACACAAAUCACAAAAAUACUUCAAUUUUAAAGAUUUUAUUUUUUCAGAUGUACUGUAAAUAGCGAUAUUUGUGGAAAUAAAAAACGCAUAUUGCCAAACUAAUCCUGAAUGUGAACUCUUGGAAUAACAGAGCUGCUGUUUUUUUUGGCCGAUGCAAUAUAAAAGGCUGUUUGUAUAAAUGAUCCACACUGUUAAAUUAAACCACACUUCACUCAUA